AUGACUAAGGCUUACUGGAUCGCCCGCGUCGACGUCACCGACGCCGAGCCCUACAAGCGCUAUGCCGAAGGCCUCGCCGCGAUGCUCGGCGCGUUCGGCGGCCGGUUCCUCGUGCGCGCGGGGCAGUCCGAGACCGUCGAGGGCGCGAGCCGCAGCCGGAGCGUCGUGAUCGAGUUCCCGAGCUACCAGGCCGCGCAGGACUGCUACCGCUCGCCCGAGUACGCGCCACUGAUUGCGCUGCGCCUGGCGUGCGCCGAGGUGGACAUCGUCAUCGUCGAGGGCUACGACGGCCCGCAGUCGGGCGGGCAAUGA